AUGGACCGUGGAGGCGCCGAGCCAUCGCGACUGAAGACAGAACUGAGAGACGCAAGCGACCCUUGCUUGGAUUUUGACCCUGACCCUGAGGCUGCUGCUGCGUUGCGCAAAUCGCAGAUCCACGCUGGAAUGGCCAUCGUCAGCCCACGCGGCCAACUGCGCCUCUCUCAAAUUAACCUUGUCGUCGCCUUAUCCUCAUCCUUAUCCUCAUCCUUGACCAUCCGCCAACAUCCUAUCGCACAUCCUUCUCGGUUCUCCUCUUGCCAAACUUUGAGCUACAUCCAAGUAGACAAUCUGAUCAACGCAUCGUCUCAUCUCGGAUCUACCGAGCCGGGCCUGAUCUUCCCACAUUCGGAAACCUCCUCAGCAGAUCAACCUGGAUCGCCGCAGAUACGACAAGCUGCUAUCUGCAUUUUUGCGAUUGCGCAAUCCUCCGUCGGCAUCAAUAGUUCCAUCGGCCUAAGCCGACCAGAGCCAGCUGCUAUCGUUCCAUUCCAGAGCGCUGCUCGGAUCAUCCGCUAUACUCUAUUCACUUCAACACCUUUCAGAAUGGGUCGGUAG